AUGUCUUCCUCCACCACCGCACCAGCAAGCCAGCCUGCAGGACACAUGUACGGCGGUUGGUUUAUCACGACUGUAUUCGAGGUCAGAUUCAUAUGGAACAACACUUGGGCUUCAGAUCCCAUCAUACUUCCAGCGGGCCUGUACGAUAGCAAGAAUGACAUUUGGGAAGAAGUGAGGCGGCAGCUCCCACCACAUGCACUGGUUCUGUUGAAAGAAGAUGGGCAUACAUUACCGCACUUUUUGCUUCAAGAGCCGGCGAACAAUGGUUUCGUGCAGGUUGAUUGGCGCAACUACAUGGCGUUCACCAGAUGGUUUGCCCGCAACCUGCACCCGGCGGUGGCUCCGGCACGACUGCGAAUAGAGAUUCAUUGCAGACAACGUCGUCCGUUCGUGCGCGCCGACGGCACCCUGGACUUCGACGUGGAGGCGACCGUGGACGAAUUGGGAGAGUACCAUCCCAUUGAGGUCAAGGAGCAUGACCCGGACAAUGAGGAAGAGGAGGACGAUGACGACGAGGAGGACGCGCUGAGGACCAGCGUGUGGCUGCAGGAAUAA